CACAGAGCCAUGACCGGAGGAAGGGGGAUUUACCUCGGCGGGAAACACACGGGAUGCAGCUAAUCUGCUGCCCACAAACAUCGUAAAAGAUAUGCAAGCACGGCACACAGAAUCAGGCAUGUAAUCCUGACAGGUGCAGAAUAUGUCUCGAAAAAAAGAUCCAUGUCAGAAGCAAGCCUGUGAAAUUCAGAAAUGCUUAAAAGAGAAUAAAUACAUGGAAAGCCGCUGCGAAGAAGUGAUCCGAGAGAUGCGGCGCUGCUGCCGGCAACACGCUGCGGAGAAGUCGGUCUGCUGCUCGGGAUUCCGGAAGGAGUACAAGACCGCGGAAAACAAUGAGGUCCUUUCCUCCUCCUACCCAGCAUCUGCCUGUUUAUAAAGUUUGUCUUGCCUACCGUAAAAUAAACAUAUUAAGGAAAAUAAAUGAAAGGCGCCGUUUUAUAAA